GCUCUCUACUAUUGAGCCCGUCAUACGCCCCGUUUUGCACACAAUAUGCCGUCAUCAACCGAGGGAACUACAAAUGGUACCUCCAAUGGUACCGGACACCCCAGUAUCCCUGGUUCCUGUCCUUCCUGUCCAAUCCCACUGAAGUAUUCUGGCUCUCUGGACCAUCUGCAUUACUUUGAAAUCACUCCCAUCAUCGGCCGCGAAUACCCCGACGUCAAAGUCACCGACAUACUGAAUGCUCCGAACGCGGAAGAGCAGAUUCGUGACCUGGCUAUCGUCAUCUCUGAACGAGGCGUCGUCUUCUUUCGAGACCAAGAUGAUCUCAAGAUCGACGACCAGAAAAAGUUCUGCGACUUGCUCGGAAAGCUGAGCGGGCGACCCGAGGAUCAUGGAUUACACGUGCAUCCGAUUUACCGCGAUCCUGGCAAUCUCACCUUGCCGGACGGAACGACUGACGAGAACAUCUAUGUCAUAAAUUCAGAAGCUCAGAAGAAAAUAUACAAGACCAUGGCCCGACGCGCUCCCACGGAACCCCGUGACCUCUCACGUGAAUGGCAUAGUGACAGCACUUUCGAGAACGCACCCUCAGACUUCUCCUUUCUCAAGAUGGAAGAGACACCUCCUCACGGCGGCGACACACUCUGGUGUUCCGGAUACGAGAUCUAUGACCGCAUGUCCCCGUCGUUCAGAAGCUAUCUCGAGACGCUGACUGCGACCUGUGCACAACCCGUUUUCAAGAGCGCAGCCGAAGCUGGCAAAUACGAGGUCAUGAGUCCUAGAGGAAGCCCGCUGAACGUCGGAGACGAAUUUGCGCCAAGCCACCCGGUAGUCAGGACAAACAGAAUUACAGGAUGGAAAGCCAUCUUCGCUGGCGUUGGACUGCAUGUGACGAAGAUAAAUGACGUGUACAGUUACGAGGACCAGUUCAUUCGGGAGUAUGUGAUGCGAUUGAUUACGCGGAAUCAUGACAGCAUUGCGAGGAUGAAGUGGACGAAGAAUGCGGCGGCCAUUUGGAACAAUAGCUGCGUUUGGCAUGCUGCCACGCCUGAUACACAUCUCGUAGAUGGCAACAGAACGGGUGUGCGAGCUUCCAGCAUCGGAGAGGUGCCAUACCUCGAUCCCAAUUCGAAGUCCCGAAGAGAAGCACUAGGCAUUCCAAUUAUAUAGCACAGAAGUUGCCUUACUAGGAUACCUGCAAAUACAUGUGUCUUAUUGUCAGCUGCAGGACCGUUGGGAGAUUGGGCGAGGUUUGAGAAUCUAGAUGGCG